AUGCAACAGUCUAUCCAACCAGAUAUGGAAGUCCGCGGAUUACGUUUCAAACAAGUGAUAGUCAGCGAGUCUGCAAAUUUGACUACGGAUCGAGAGUACAAGGGUUUACCGGUUCGAGCGCGAAACAAAAGCAAAUUCGGCUGUCGAGAAUGCAAGGCGAAGCGGGUCAAAUGCGAUGAAGGCUACCCGACGUGCAAGCGGUGCCAGCGUCGAGGUCUGGUCUGUACGUCGGUCCCGCGGCUAACACAAUGGCAAGUUGAGGCACCGUGGCUCUCACUUCAGCCUAAAACGCAUGUCAAUCGACGGUUACUACAGUAUUACCUGGAGAAAGUCAGCCAAGCGUUCGUUAUAGAUCCUGAGAACAAUCCGUUCUCUUUCCCUAUUCUGAAAGACCUAGCCCAAUCCCCCGCACUUCUCCACGCUAUUCACUCAAUCAGUGCCAACCAUGAACAAUACUUCCCGGCAGAGGCCCCUAUCCUGGCCCUUGAGGAACAUGGCAAAGCCAUAGCUUGCCUUCGAAGAGAGAUAGAUCAAGUCCAACAUGCUCACUACACGCACUUCUUGACCAUAAUGCUAUUGUCUUUUAUGCAGGUUGCUGGUCCUGACCCGAAGGACUAUGGCAAACAGCACUUAUUUGGUGCCCGUGCCUUGAUCAACAGUAUGCUUCAAGAUACAUCUGUGUCGACGACUAAUGACCCUGUGGUUCGACUCUGUCUGGGAGUGUAUCUUUACUGGGACAUGUGCAGUUCGUUCUUAGUAGAACCCGGUGAACCACAGAGUACCAACUCAUUCAUAAUAUCUCUCGCGGUGCAUAGGAUGGGUGACUGGCACCAUCCAAUGUACGGAACAUGUAGCAGCCUACUCCUUACAAUAGCCAAUGUCGGACGGUAUUGCCGAAAGGUACAUGAUUUGCCGCAGAAUCGGAACUUCACUCAAGAAGCCAUACUGGAGGCCCAGCUUAUUGAAUGGACGACGAGCGCCCAAAAUCCCGACCUCGUCCACUUAUACGAAGCGUUCCGCUAUCAAGGUCUCGUUCUACUUUAUCAAUCUCGUGUUCAUGCACAGAGGAGUUGUUCUACGGAUCAGGAUAUAACUCAAGCGCAAGAGCCGUUGAUACUAAAAUACGCCGAAGAGGCAGUACGCCAUUUGAUGCUGAUUCCUUCAUCCUCGUACUAUCUGAACUUCCAAUCUCUCGCUCUCCUAUCAGCCGGGUCCGAAUUGACCGAGUCGAAUAACAUCCUGCGCGAUAAAGUGCGUGAAAGACUGCGAGCCAUCUAUUCAUUGAAUCGCAUUCCCACAAAUCUAAUGGCUGUUCAACUCGUUGAAGAACUUUGGAAUGACCGAGAUAAUGGUAACCGUUCCUUCUGGCUAGAGCGCAUGCUCCAGAAAGACUGGCUGUUGCUUCUAGGAUAG